AUGGCGUCUGAAGUAUUCUGUUUGGUUGUAUUCCUAAAGGCUUCCCAUAGAAUCGAAGCAGGUUUAAGCGGGGGAAAGAGAGUGUGGCGUGCAAGAGAAACGUUACUGUGUGCAGCGGGAAGUAUAUUCAAUGACCUUUGCAAGCGCAUGUUUUCAUUUGGUCUCUUAUUUUUCAUGGAAGUAAUGGAACUUUCAGCUGCGGACACUGGACUUAUAAUACUCAUUGGACAAAUUGUCGACGCUUUGACUUCAGUAAUCUCUGGUUACCUCGGUGAUAUGGUUAAAGUACCCGUUCUUUCACAGAAAAUUGGAAUGCGAAAAUUCUGGCAUCUUAUGGCAACGGUAUUUAUGGGAAUCGUAGUUCCUCUCUGCGUCAACCGUUGCAUUCUCUGUAGUGGAAGUCAUCAAACUUGGCUUCCGAUCGUCUAUUACGGUUUCUUGUACUCACUGUAUAACAUGUGUUUUAGCGUGGUGGAGAUAAAUCACCUGGCUUUCAUCACAACUUCAGCUGUGUCGGUUGAAGAACUAACAGAUCUCAGCGCCAUCAGGACAAUGUUCAGCUUCCUAAGUGGUAUUUAUAUAUACGUGAUCGCCUGGGGCCUUUUCGGACAAGACAAUACCGAUACUCUGGGACCUGAGAGCCUUCCAGAUUUUGUGUACCUCUCGUGGAUUGCGACUGGAACAGGACUCUUCUUUGCAGCCAUCUUCCACAUUGGUACAAAGGAACCUCAAAAAUGUCAGAGUAAAGAAAGCGUCACAACAGAUCUUACGAAAGCUCCUGGAAAAUUCCUGGAAGAGUUUGAACCCGAAAAUGCAAAUUCUAGACGGACCAGUCUUGCUUUUAAGUUUACUAACAUGGUUAUGGCUUCAACUGAAUAUGAAGAACAUCAAAAUGAGAUGGACGGAUGUGGAGAAACCAAAAGCCAUGAAGUGCGUGUCAGAAAACGAAGUCUUCUGCAGAAGUUUGCUGUUGCUAUGUUUGCCGACGGGAAAACUGAUCUAGAAGUACAGCAUUUUGAUAGUGAACGCAAGAAGAGUCUACGAACGCUUGAUUUUGACGACAUCCUGUUGAGACUACAACACGAAGAGCACGAACAACCAAAAUGUUUUGGUGCCAUGGAAAACCAAGUUACAAUGGACGGUAUAGACGAUGAUCAUGCAGCUGAUGAAGAGUCGUGGAAUGCCAGACAAGAAGAGAUAAAAAACAUUACUGAUAAAGAUAUGUCUAUUCUCAUUUGGUUUCCUCUUUGA